GCGCAGCGGCCCGGGGCCCGCGGAGGCGCCCGGAGCUGCCGCGGAGGCCUCAGCCGGGGGCCCCGCGCCCUGCCUGGGCAUGAGGCGGGGCCGGGGCCGCUGUCAGCCGCUUCUGCGGGGAGAAGAUGAAUGUCUGCAAUAAACCUCAUAAUAAGAUAGCUCCAGAGGAUUUGGGUGAAGCUGUCCCUGAGGUGAAGGUCCAACGUGCUCGAAGAAAUGGCUGGAGCUGGCCCCUGCACCUGUUCCAGAUCAUCGCCUGGCUGCUGUUCCUCUUCUUUGCUCUGGUUGGCUUUGGGAUCCUGGUUCCUCUCCUGCCCCGCCACUGGCUGCCCGCUGGUUAUAUCUGUCCAGGAGUGUGUUUUAUCUACCAUUUAGUUGUUCAUCUUACUGCAGUUUCCAUUGAUCCUGCCGAUGCAAAUGUGCGAGAAAAAAACUAUCUGGGGCCUCUGGCCACCUUCAACCGUAACCAGCAUGCACAUGUCAUUGAGAACCAUCACUGCCAUGUCUGUGAUGUGGAUGUGAGUGCCAAGUCAAAGCACUGUGGAACUUGCAACAAGUGUGUGUGUGGCUUUGAUCAUCACUGCAAAUGGCUCAACAACUGUGUGGGAGAGAGGAAUUACUGGCUCUUUUUGAAUAGUGUGCUGUCUGCCAUUCUGGGCCUGGGGCUUCUGCUGCUCGUUGCUUUCUACGUCUUUGUGGAGUUCUUCGUCGACCCCACGGUGCUUCGCUCUGACCAGCACUUUGAUGCUUUGAAGAACCACAUGGACCGCUGGUUUGUGUUUCUUCCUGCAUCUCCUGUUGAGACUCGGGCACCUGCCAUUUUGGUGACAGCUGGGAUUUUUAUUCUUCUGAGCCUAGUGACCGUGAUCCUGCUGGGACACCUCUUGACCUUUCACAUCUAUCUCUUGUGGCACAAGCUGACUACGUAUGAGUACAUCCUGCAGCAGCGUCCCCAGCAGCAGCCAGACAAGGCAGACAAGAAACAGGACUCUUGUUCCUCCCAAGUGAGACCCAGUCAGGAAGCAGAUUUAUUAUCAGGUAAUCAUGGCUAUGCAGACCCUGGAAUUCAAGUAGAGGAAUUUUCAACAGUAACUUCAGGAAAAAGCUUUCCAAAGCUCUAUGUCCAUAACCAAGGAGAUGACCCCAAGCAGAGCUCGUCCCCUGAGUCCCCAUCUUUUCACUCUGUGCCCCCUUCUCAGCAACAGAAGAAAAGAAGAAAGAAAGUGCAGAAAACUUCUUCCUCAGCAAUGGACAGUGGAUCUAAAGGACAUGCCACACCUCUGCCCUCAUUCCCAGAUCCCCCGUCAGAUAAUUCCAGAGGAGUCAGGAAGAAGAGUUUUUAUUCUGAGCACAAGGUCAAAAGGAGAAGCUGCCAGCAGGAUCGACAUGUAGAACGAGACCUGGAACUUUUUUCUAAGAUUCCUGCUGUGUUUGUAAGUAAGAGCAGUGGAGAACCUCUUGUCCCUCAGCCCCAGCCCAGUGAGAGCACGUCCGAGCCUGACCACAGAAAAUGCACCAGCAAGCAGCAUGUGGGCACACAUGAUCCACGCUCAAAGGACAUAAGGACAAGCACCACAGCGGCCUAGGGAUCACCCUUCCAAAGCCAUGGCCUCUGGGAACAGCUUUAGUGCUGUGUAGAGGCCUGCAGGACCCACCCCUCACUGUGCACGUGCUGUCAGGCUGCAGUGCGACAUUUCUCAUCUUCAACCAAAGGCAAGAAGCAGCAAAGUGGCAAACCUGAGGUAGAUUUGUUGCUCAAGACAGCUCAAGUGUUUUCCCUGGGAAAGGGACAAUCCCUCUUGGCCCACUGGUACUGCAGUAACUUCCCAACAGAGUGUAUGGGGAAGAGCAAGACUGCACCUCUGCCAUUCCCUGCACCCUGAAAGCUGUAUUUCCAUCUGCCUACACCCUGUCAGUCACCCAGAUCAUGCUCAGGGGCUUCAGCAGGUGGUCAGGGAGUAACCUCAGGAUUGCCCUGUCCCUAUACCACUUUCCACUGUGCACCCUCAAGCCAAGUCUGCCACCAGCAUGUUCUCUGUAAGGCAGCAUAGUUUGACCUGCUCCCCCCUCCCUUCCAGCAGUCUGGGGUACCCCAUGCUGCAGCAUUCUCAUCAGAAGCUUUGGGAUACAGCAGACCCUGAAACCUUUCCAAUUCCUGGGCUGCCAGAUCUGUAUUAGUCCACAGCCAAGCUGGGGGUGUGUGUAGAAAGGUCCCACAGCAGACAGUGGGGCACAUGGCCAGUGCCUCGAGCCACAGCACCCUAUGCUGGGGGUGAGCUGCAGAGAGCUGUCUGGGCUGCCAUCCUACAGCACCUGUGCUCUCCCUGCCCUCGUGCCUUCCCCAGGCAGCAUGCCCCAUUCCAGAUUCCUGGCUGAGUGCUGAGGCUGGGCUUCCAGCAAGCCCAGAUCUGCCUAGCAGCCAGCUAAUCUCAGAGCCCAGACAGCAGCUACACACACAUCUCCAUGGGAUUUGCCACCAGCAUGGCCAUAUCUGACAGGAUUUGGCUCAGCCCUGAGCAGCAGCACUGGCAUGGCUGCAUGCACAUUUCCAGACACAUCCCCAGCACAGCACACUGCUGGUGCUGUGAACAAACAGGUGUACCAGCUAAGAAAAGGAAGCCAGGGGAGUCUUCAUCACCCUUCCAAACGUUUUGAUGCAUGGAAGGCACAACUGACCUUUCUCCAGGCUAUGGUGGGUGCGGGUUAGGGAAGGACAGGACAGAGCAGGGUGCUGUGAGAGUCAAGCUAAGCUCUUCUCCUCUUGUCUAGCUCAGUCUGCAAGCAUUCCUUGGAGCUGGGUCAGAGCAGGAAUGGGGAUCUGUGGAGAAAGGCUCUUUGGGCACAGUCAACAUGGGACAAUAGGCUGGACUCCCAGCCUUCAUGGGAGAGACUAGCCUGGGAGAAAGAUAUGGAGGUGUUUUAAAGGGCUGUCUUACCAUUCUCUUCUCUUGUGUGAUUUUUGUCUCCUGAAAGAAAUGGGAUGAGAAGCUUUGACUUUUCAUCAAAUUCCACAAUCUGUUGAUCAGAAAAAGUGAAAUCUUGUGUAGCUGUUGAAAUAAUUUUGUCUCAGUUUGCAGAAGGGCUGGCCUGUGGUCACACUCCUUGCAGCUUCCUUGCCUGCUGUGGCCAGUGGUGCCUGCUGGCAGUGUGACCCUUGGGAAAAGCAGGUGAGUGUGGGCCAGCAGACCUGGCACUGGCCUACAGAGACAAGGGCAUUGCUCACCAAUGAGUCCCUGUUAGACAAAGUCCUUCCUGUUGUUUCUCCUCGUGUCAGCUGUCAUGCAAGGAAAUUAUGUCCUGCAGCAAUGCUGGCUUCAUGGUUUUCCAAGGCCAGCUGUUCCUCCACCAGAAGGCAUUGGUAAUUCCUCUUCAGCAGGUGCCCCUGAGCAGACCUUAUGUGUUUUCUUAUUCUGUUCAUACAGAAUCAGUCCCAAAAUCAUGUAUGGAGCUCUUCAGUAGCUCUG